AUGGUUCAUGCUUUAUUCCCAGAUACUUAUAUUUGUCAUGAUAAUCUUGAAUCUUGUGAGUUCUUUUUUGUUUUGUUGGAAUUUCAGAAUAGAUUGUUUCACUCAAAAAAAAAAUUUAGUUUCACAAUUUCCAUCAAUUUCUAAAAAAAAUAAUUCACCUUUUUUCAGGCUUGAAAAUGUGCUACACACGAAAUUGUAAGUUAUCACAUUUCACAUAAUAUUAUACUUUUUUCAUAACCAAAAAUGUUCUUCAGGUAAUACAACUGAUUGUGCGAUUGGAGAAUGUCUUUUCAUUGAUAAUUGUAAUGAUACAUCAAAAAACUAUGCUUGUGUUGUACCCAAUAUAAACAUGUUAAUGUAAUAUUUCCCAGGUUUUCCAACUUCUCCAGAAAACAUUUUUUUUCAGCUGGGGAUUUGCGGCAAUUUGUUUCGCUGCUUGCUUGACUUUGGCGAUUUUCACGUUUUGGUAUUUUAGAAAACUUCAUCAAGUGAAAAUUGUGAAAUCGGUAAGUAGAAAUUAGACGACCCUGACUUUUUGACGUGAAUAUUGUUUUUGUCAAUUGAAUUAUCACAUGAACAUGUUUUGUUUACACUAACAGUUUUCUUGCAAAAGUUAGAUUUUGAGGUCAUUUAGAUAGAUUUAUAAUCAUUAACUAAUUUAUUUCUUUGACAAAAUUUGAAAAAUUUUUUUUCAGAAUUCUAAUAAUUUUUUCAGACCCCAAUGAUAUCACGAACAGAUGAAACAACUGCUAUCACCAAGUUCUAA